AUGGGAGCCAGCGAUGCUGGGUCUCUCACUGACGGUGGCCCCAUUUUGCCUGCUCCCGCGACGUCUGCAUCUCGUGCAGACCCGGUUCCGGGCCCCUCGAUUUCUGCAGUCGUCCGCGCUUCUCGUUCUACUACUUCGGCCGCCCGUUCGGCUAAAAAACUCUUCAUCUUGGACUCUGUCGACGCGACAGCGCCCGCGUGGACACUGGUUCAGGCUUCUCGCAGAGGUGUUACGACCGCGGCGGGACCGGUGAGUGCUCCGGACGGUUUGCUCCCGUGUUCUCUUGCUGAAGACCCCGCUGAUCCAUCGGCGUUAACGUACUCCACGAUGAUCGACGUGUACAACUCGUACGAAGUUCUCACUGAUACUGCGCACGAUGAUACUCAACCUCCGGACGUCGAUAUCGCUGCCUAUGAUGAGCACGGCAACGCUAUUGCUGGAUUCACGGAAGAUACCCCUCUCGUCCCGCGUCGUGCAGCACGUGCCUUCAUGGGCACUCGACAGCUCAAGCCCAAGCGUCAGCAACUCUCACCGCAAGAAUUGGAUGCGCUCAUUGCUGAAUUUGUGGCCAACGAUGUAAUGAACUACUCGGCGCAUGAUGAUCUUCUGGCGGCUAUCCAGAUGAGCCUUCGGAGCGUAGUGAAUAUUUUCGUACGCUUCCGACUGAAUUUUUGA